AUGGCAUCUAAUAGUUUUUCAAGGUUAUUGAUUAAAGUUGCUGCUAAUGUAGGUGGUCUUUUUAUGGCUUAUAGCAUUUAUGAAAUCUACAAAAGAGAAAAAAGCUUGAAGAAAUAUGAAGCAAUCAAACAACAUAAAAAGAGAUUAGGCUAAGAAUUCACAGAAGAUGAUUAUGAUAAAGAAGACAAGGAGUAUAUAGAUUAGCACUAUGGUAGAAAGUUAGCUGAAAAAGUUUAUACUCAACACUUAGCUGAGGAUUAAAUUAAAAUGGCCCUUCAAAGAAAGAAAGAAAUUCGUGAUAAAAUGAAAGAAAAUUUAGAUGAAGAUUAGUUGAAAUAAGUUGAUGAUGAAAUUAAAAAAUUAGAUGAAGCCUUUACAAAACUUAGACCUAAAGUUAUUCCUAGAAUGGCUGAAUUUGUCAAUGAUAAAGACAGAUGA